UAUUAUAAUAAUAAUAUUCCAUUUUUGUCACUUCUUCCUUCUUUCUCUGUCUCCGAUACACCCACUCCCAUUUUCUCUGUUUCGCUCUCUCUCUCUCUCUCUCGCUAUCACAUUCUUCUCUCAACAACACCAAAUGAGUCGCCAUCCUGAAGUACUGUGGGCACAGCGUUCUGACAAGGUUUAUCUGACUGUGGCACUGCCUGAUGCAAAGGAUGUCUCUGUCAAGUGUGAGCCUCAUGGUUUGUUUACUUUCUCUGCUUCUGGUGCUCAAGGUGAAUCUUACAGCUUCACUUUAGAGCUUUAUGGCCCCAUUGCACCUGAGCGUUGCAGAACUAAAGCUGGUUUAAGAAACAUACUAUGCUAUGUUCAGAAAGCAGAGAAAGGUUGGUGGAAGAGGCUACUGAAGUCAGAAGAGAAACCUGCUCCAUACCUGAAGGUUGAUUGGCACAGAUGGUGUGAUGAAGAUGAUGAAGAGUCAACUUCUGAUUUGGCAUCUGACGAUGAUACUCGAUUUGUUGGUCAGGAUGAGGGAAGCAGUGAUGAGGAUGAAGGAAUGUUGUAUCUCCCGGACUUGGAAAAGGCUAGGGGAUAGCAACUCUGACUGUUCUCUAACAUGGAUUUACGGAAACAUCUUGGAGAUGGAGUCUACCUAGAUAAGUAAAUUUGGGAGUAGUAGUCUAAUAUGGUUGUCUUUUUUGUAUAUAUUAUCCUAAGUAAAGCUCUAAAAACUUAGAGAACCUUUGAUCUUUUAUGACAUUUUGGCACCAUUUCUGGUAUCUAACUAGGCUUCUCUCA